UUGGCAUCGACAAUAACUGUUGCUGAAAUCUUCAUGUAAACACCAGCAUACAUAGCGGCAGCAAAUUGAUCUUUACUUUAAUUAUAAAAUUUAAGAAACGGUAGAAUCAAAAAGAGAAAAUAAGUUAUUCAUUUUGGAUGCCUAAACGUUAUCUUUCGACAUGGGACGAAGCGGGCUUUUUUGGAUAAUUGUUGUUCUCGCCGUUGGCAUGCUGUUCGUUGAUAGCGUUGAUUCCCAGCAGCAGAAGCAAGAGGGAGAAAUCGUUUUCGUCUUGGAUUCAUCCGGGAGUGUAGGAUCAUCAAACUUUAACAAAAUAAAAGCAUUUGUGAUUAACAUCGUUAAGUUCUUACCAAUUGCCAGUGAUGAAGUUCGAAUUGGAGUCAUAUCCUAUGAAUCGAGUGUCUAUCACAUCAUUCGUUUGCAUCAAUACACAACGCAGACCUCAUUACAGAACGCCAUUAGAAGUAUUCCGUACCAGGGUGGUGGAACUGCGACCGGAACAGCGAUAAACGCAGGUAGAGUUGAAUUACGCUCUGGGCGCGCAAACACACCAAAACUGUUAGUUGUUGUCACAGAUGGUAAGGCCAGCUAUAACUCAGACCCUAUUCAACCAUCAAAUGCCGCCAGAAGCGAAGGCAUUGUAAUGUUUGCAGUAGGAAUUGGGAGAACAGACGACGCAGAAUUGAGGGCAAUAGCAAAUGAUCCCGAUCAAGAACAUAUGUUCUACGUUGGCAAUUUUAAUGCCCUUGAGAGUAUAAGGAAAUAUCUUCUAUACAGAUUCUUAAUAUCUGUUAAUCCUUGUCAGACGUGUUUCCCUGGAACAUGUGAUUCAUCUGCAGCAACUCCUUGUACUUGUUCAGAAGGAUUUGAACAGGGCGGCUGUGACACGUUGAACGCCGAUGAGCAGCCGAUUUUGAGUAACUGUGAAUUCGUCUACAAAGCCCCAGGAGAAUCGCCAAAGAUCAUUCUUAAAGCCAACUGCUUCGACGAUGAAAUCUACUCCAACGAUGUUAACAUAAACGAGAUCUCUAUGAAGAUGACGGCUAAAUAUGAGAAGACCAAUCUUCCAAAUAAACCCGGAACUGUAACUGCUUCCGAAUUAGGAAUCACUGUGUCAGAUGUAACUUUCACUCUAAACCGUAAAGGACUUAGUACUCCGGAGAGUAAUGGUACAACAAAAGAGUGCAAUUCAGCCUUAAGUGAAACCAACCCACGGACUACCUCAUCUUGCGACCUAACAUUUGGAGGAAUUCAAACAAGUCAUGGACAUGAAGAUACUUUGGAAGUACAACAUACUACAACUAAUGGCGGCUACAAAGAUCUAUCUGUUACUGACUAUCAAGGCGUAUCUAGUUCUGUGAGGGUUCCCUAUUUUGGACAAAGAAUAUCAAGAAAAAUGACCCUUGUAAUAGAUUUGGUGAAACCAUACCAUUGUAGUGAGCCAACUGACACAUGUUCAGGUGUGCAAAAUGCACUAAAUAUUGGAACAACCGACAUAACUGAUGAACGGCCUACAUUGUCUGCAGCAGGAUGGGAAGAUGCUUUAGCUGGUAUUGAGAAGUAUGAAUACUCCAUCUAUAAGUUAAUCAAACCAGAAGGAGCCAGUAGUCUCACUGAAAGUAGUGACAAGACGUAUUCGACAACAUGGAGAACUGGGGAUACACCUCCACGCGUGACUCUGGUAACUGGGCUUUAUUCUGUCAUACUGAAUGUAUAUGACAAGGCUGGGAACACGCACAAGGCUAGACGGUUUGUCUUGUUUGACGAUGAUUCGGAGAUAACGACUGAUGAUUCGAGACCCAUCCAAUUCCCCUUGGCGCACAAUAGAGGAGUCUGGCAAGUAACUGGAGAUCUUAUUCAAGUAGACUGGACCAAUCAUUUUGUUAAUAAAAUUUACGAAGAUGGCGACUUGUUAGACAGCAUUGCUGAGUUCCAAGGGGGAAACAUAAUUGACGACACAACUGGGCAAAGAAGAAGGGCUGAGAUAUUAAAUAAAAGAGGAGUUGCAAGCUUUGAGGUGUUUAAGAAGACUCACAAUGAGUCAUUGGAUACAAAGAUCGGACCUUCAGACGGGGAUAAGAUGACUCUCGACGGUCCACUUCGCACACAGGCGACAUUCCAGGCUAAUUUAGAAGAUGGCGAAGCUGCGACUGUUUGGAUCAAGGCGCAGGACAUUAUGGGACACAUGAAGGAAGAUAAACAGACGGUCUACAUUGACGGCUCCCCUCCCAUAAUCCAAGAGCCUAUAUUUGAGAAAAAUGUUGGAACGUUUGAAAGCAGAAUCACAAUUGGUGCAGAGGAUGAACACAGUGGUAUAAUGGAAAUAGACUGGGAGAUCACUGGCACACAGGCUAAAGGCAAAGUCCCGAUAACAUCAGUAGACUCUUCCUGUCUUGGCAAUGGCGGGUCGUGUUACUGCCCAUCUAUACUCGGAGGCGAAACAUGCUAUCCGCGCAAUAAUAUAGUCCCACUUAACAACUGUGACUUCAAAUUUUUGAUUGAUCGGAACGAUUACACAAUGCGAAUAAACGUGCAAAAUCAAGCUGGACUGACUAAAAACAGAACGCUUCAGCUUCCUCCCCUGGGGCAGCUUGACGGAGUACAUUACUUUCCUCAUGUCGACAACUCCACUUUGAAACAAGUUCAACAGGAUCAUGCUUUUCUCAUAAUCAGCUGGGAAGAGCCACGCAGUUGUUAUAACGUUAAAGAAUAUAAAGUGACGUACCAGCGGCGAGACGGGGAAGGAGAAGAAGUUGAAGUUAAAUUUACGAGUAGGAGGGGGACGCUCGAAGACCUUGAUAGCAACACUGAGUAUGUGAUAGGAGUAGCAGUUGUUUAUGAGAAUAAUUUCAUAUCAGAUGUUGCUGAAAGGAUAUUCAAAACAGCAUAUGACCCGAAUUUUACUGGUGCAUCUAUAGGGGCAUUAGGAGGAGGGGGUAUUGCUGGAAUAAUCAUAGGAGUGUUAGUGUUGGUUGGGUUAGUAGUGCUGCUGGUUGUAUUCCUACUGUGUCGCCGACGCAAGGAGAACUCUGGGAACAAACAGGUCGCAUUCAGGACCAAUAAGGAUAUCCAUAAUAGAAAUGAUGACUUCGCUAUGGCAAACCCUUGUUACGAAGAAGAUGUGUAUGUUUAUGGUCGUAUGUCGAUGUUUGGCCAACCCUGGGAGAUGAAGAUGUCCAAUAUCACAGUCAUAAAAAUGUUAACGAGUGGAAAGUUUGCUGAUAUCAAACUGGCAAAGAAUCAUAAGGAUAAAGACAAGAUUGUUGUUGCAAAGAUGCUAAAAGAUAAUGCUGGUGAAGACGAGGAGUUGUUGAUGAAUGCCAAAUUGAACUUCUUGGCUACUGCGGUCCCAAUGCACGAGAAUAUAGUUACAUUCAUUGGAGGAAUAUCAGACGGACCUCUGGGACCAAUCAUCCUGUUGGAAUACUGCUCUGAGGGUACAUUGAAGGAUUGGCUCAAGAGGCACGAGCACGACCCAGAAGAGGACCUCAUAGACCAUCUCUUUCAGUUCACGUUGGAGAUAGCAAAGGGAAUGUCUCAUCUUCAUGACCACAACAUCAUUCACAAGAAGCUAGCAGCCCGAAAUAUUCUGGUAACCAGUGAUAACCACGCCAAGAUAUAUGGAUUCGGUCCAACGACAAUAGAGAACGAAAAUGAACAAAAACCAGUUGACGGAAAGGAGAUUAUCAGAAUACCGUUGAAGUGGCUGUCGCUGGAAACGUUACUUUCCUCUGCGGGACAACGAUAUUACGACAAACAAACGGAUGUGUGGGCAUUUGGUGUUACUUUAUGGGAGGUCUUCAGUGUCGGUGCAACACCGUACCCAGAGCUCAAAAGCACAGAAGUGAAGCAGUUCUUAUCAAAGGGAGGGCGGUUAGCUAUUCCUGACAAGUGCCCAGACUGGCUGUUCAAAGACUGCAUGUGGGCUUGCUGGACGGAGAAGCCAAGUGAACGUCCCACCAUGGGAGCCAUCAAGCAGAUUAUUCACGAGGCGCUGUACACGACACCAGGAGAUGACGUUUAUUAUGCAGAUUCCUAAUAACAACGAGAAAAAUAUAUAUGUUCCAAAACUUGAGUUGUAAAUAACGCAUGUUGUACGAAUAUUUAGACAGAAAAACUCUCAAUAAUGGUGGAAUCUCCUCGAAUCUUCUUUUUGUAUUACACUGUAGAGAGUCAGAAGGAGCAAGCAGUGUUGUACUAAUCUUGCAGCUUUGACAUUUAAAGAAAAUCAUGCUUUCCGUCUACGCAUGUUAUUAAACAAAAGAUGCAAGCAGAAAUCUAUAUGUUAAUAUUUUCCACAUGGGCAGGUUAAUUUAUCAUAAUUACUUAUAACGUUUUUUCACAAGGCGGAUCAAUACAAUAGAAAGGUCCAUGUGUAGUAUGGCAAGAGAUUUUAGACGGUCAUAUCUUUCAACAUUAGUUCUUUCUGGGCACAAAAACAGUGGUUU